AUGUCGUAUAUCAAUGAACCAGUCUUAAACAUUAUAGUGGUUGGUUUCCAUCAUAAAAAAGGUUGCCAGGUGGAACAUUGUUAUCCAGAGUUAAUUCCUGGUCAUCCAUCUGAAUUGCCAGCAGCAUGGCGUUAUCUUCCAGCUUUAGCUCUACCAGAUGGCUCACAUAACUACUUAUCGGACACAAUAUUUUUCAGUUUACCCGGAUUGACUGAACCUGCUCACACUGUUUAUGGUAUAUCAUGUUUUCGACAAAUUCCCAUAGAGCAAGUUGCUCAGAAAACAGAAGAUAUGACAAGAAGUUCUGUCCAAAAGAGUGUCUGUGUUAUUUGCCGAGCUCCAUUGUUUGGUCGUCUGUCUGUAAAGAUGGAACUGGUGGUGAGAGCUUGGUUCCUCCAGGGUGACUUUUCCCAGACCAAGCUCUUAGAAGAUGCUUUUAAACAUCUUAAUAGUUGUCCUGUACAAAUUGAUCAGACUCUUGAAGGUUUAUCAGUGCAGAGGUUAGUGGAAAACUGGAGACAUAAAGCCUUGUUGUUGUUUAAACUGUUACUGUUACGUCAGAAGGUUCUUAUUUAUGGAUCUCCGGCUGGUUCACUGUCAGCUGCAUUGUUAACACUUGUCUCUCUUUUACCACAAUGUCUGGAAUAUGGAUUGUCUAAAUCUGCUAAUGUUGUUUUAUCCCGACCACUUUCACCAAUACCUACAGUGAUACCAGAAGAAAAAAUUACAGAAGACAGCAUUGAUGGCGCAUUAGAUGUUAUUGAGGAGGCAUUAAAUGGGACAAAUCAGCCAGAUGAUGAACUGUCUCCAAAAGAAACUGGAAAUUUGUUUGAGGAAAAGGACAGAGUCAGCCGUCAAAGUUUUGAUGAAUCUAUCCUAUCUGAUGUUGUUGAUAGACAAGAACUGUCUGCUGGGAGGGAGAAAUGUCACAGCAUAGGAGAAAAAUAUAAAGUACAGAAACCAAUGUCUGAAGCACAGCAAAGCCCUACAAUGGCUAGAGACAUGAGUGUUGAUGGCCUGUACAAUCUGACGGGACAAUUAGACCAAACUGAAUGUGGUUUUCCCUUGAGCUUGUUUGAGGAUGGCUACAUAUGUUUACCGUACUUGUCACUCCAAUAUUUGGAUCUGCUAUCAGACACAUCUGUGAAGGGUUUCGUGGUUGGUGCUUCGAAUGUUCUUUUUAAACAGAAGAGGCAGCUAUUUGAUGUUUUGGUCGAGUUGAACGAGAUGAGGAUAGAAACAGCUGACAUGAGCUUAAGACGUCAGCUGGUUCUCAGUACUGAAGAUCUUAGAUUUGCGGAUCACGUGGUCCGCCACGCCUCCUCCCAGGGUGACACGUGGAUACGGGAUCAAUUUGCUAGUUAUUUAAUAUACUUAUUACGAACUUCUUUAUUACCAGAAGGGAGCCGAGAGAUAGAAUCUUAUAAUGCUCAGUUCAUGACAGCCUUCAAAGCGACACCAGCCUACGACAAAUGGCUGAAAGCCACAAACAAUGCCAACAUAGAACCUUUUAUGAACCUGACUCCUAUGCAUCCGUUUUCUGGACAAUUAUCUGUUGCUGACAUGAAAUUAAAAUUAGCGCAUACAAUGUCGACUACGGAGGGCGGUCGUAAGGUGACGGCGGCGGUGGCGAGUACGGGCAGGGCUGUGGCGAGCACGUCGCGGGCCGUGGGCGGGGCGCUGUCACAUGCCCGCGGAGCGUUAUCGGGCUGGUGGAGCGCGCUCACGGCGCCCACCGAUCAGGACGUGGGCGACUUGGGCGACGUGAGCGAUGCAGUCGAAGCAGAUGAUGCCACGGGUCAACUUGAAGAUGACAACCGCCGCCUCCCAGACCCGCCCGACAAGCGACUCGACCCCGCCAUCGACGUCACCAACAUAAGAGUCAUUUAA